AUGAUUGUCACUUCAAAUAUAGUGAAUGACUUGAACACAGCAUUUUAACUCAUUAAUAUGGGCACAAACGAUAAAAUAAGAUAAGGAGAGCAAUUGUUAUAACAAAUAAGAGGUGAUAUACAAUAUCCUAAAGUUUUAUUCGAUUAUUUCUAAGCUUAUGAAAUUAGUCUAGGGCUUCGAGCGGCAAUUGAAUUAAAAUUAUGGUUCAAAGAAUAUCGUAAUUUUGAUGAUUACUAAGCUUAAUAUGUUCAAAAUGUAGUGUAAACAAUCAAGCAACACAUAAUAAGUGCUUAUAUAGUCUCUGAAGCACCAUUAAUUCAUCAAUUGAAAGAUGCAAUUGUUUAUGUUGCUUCAAGAGAUUUUCCUACUUAAUGGCCUACACUUAUGGCUGAUUUAAAUCAAUUCUUAACCCAUCCAGAUUAUGUAUACAAAACCUUGAAACUCAUAUACAAAUUGACUGAAAAAUAUGUUUAUCAAUCAAGAAGUGAUCCUUUAUAUGAAGAAAUCAUUAUAACAUGCGACACAAUCCAUCACAAUUUGUUAUUGUUAGCUAAAUCAUUGAUACAAUAAAUAGAAGCCCUUCAAAAUCUGAAAUUAUCAUAUGAAAUUCUGAAGACAUUACUAAAAGUGUUUUACAAUUUAAAUUUUUAAGUAAUUUAAAAUAAUAAUUCAAUAAUUUAGGAUUUACAUCCACAUUUUGAAGACAAUCUUCAAUCAUGGAUGGAAUUUAUGAAAGUAGUUCUAAGACUCUAACCAGUAUAAGGAGUAGAAUAAUUCUUAUUCAAAUGUAAAGGUGAAGCUCUUAGAUGUGUUUUAUUAUAUGCAAUGAAGUAUCGUGAUGAUUUUGGUGACUUGAUCCAAGUGUUUUCAAGUGAAAUAUGGAAUGUAUGCACCUAGACUAGUGCUGGAAGAGAUAGUGACAAGGUUACUUUAAUCAAAUAAAGUUUUAGAUUGUAUUAUGUGCACUUAGAUACUUCAAGACCUUAAUAGCUUGGUAAGACAUGAAGACCUUCUUUGAAUAGAAUAUAAAGAUUUUAAUAGAGAGUUUAAUUAUUAGAAAUUUAUCUUUAUCUAGUAAUAUAGAUUUAUUAAUAAUUUAUUUUAGAGGAUGAGAUAGGAAUGUUUUAAGAUGAACCAUAAGAAUUUAUAGAGAAGUUUUUUGAAUAAAGUGAUUUAGAAUCUAGAAGAGCAUAAGCAGUUGAAUUAUUUAAGACAGUGACUAAACACUUUAAUUAAUAAGUGAAUAUCAUAAUUUAAGAAUAUUUGUAUAAAUUUAUAUAUAAAAUAAAUUAGAUAGGCUUAUAUUUAAUCAGGAAUGAAUGGAAUAGAUAAUGAAAUAAUUCUUAUUAAUUUAAUUAUUGAAGCCAGUACAAGUUCAUUUACAUCAAAAGAUGGAACUAUUGAUAUUAUUUUAUCAUAAGAAAAUGUUCUUGGAUUUUAUACUCAUUGUUUAAAACCUAAAUUAGGAUAAAUAUUUGAAUUACAAUAAUAAAAUUAAUCAGUUGAAUAAAAAUUCACACCAAUAUAAUUAGCAUUCUAUUGUAGAUACUUAUUUUAUUUCAGAAAUGUAAUUGAUAAAGUUGAAUUACCAACUUUAGCUACUUUAGUUUCUAAAUUAUAAUUAAGCAAAAAAAUUACUUUAUCAAAUAUAGCUAGUUAUACAGCAUAUUCAUUAAUUAAUGUAAGAUAGGAUGUCAAGAAUUAUGCUAAUCAUUAGUUAUAUUUUGAAAAUGUUAAUAUUUCACAAUAUUUACAAUUAAUUUUGACUGAUUGUUAUAAUAAUAUUAAAUAAUAAUAGAAAUUAGAAACAUAUAGUUUGAAACUUACUAAUUCAUUGAUUACUUUAUUGAAAUAAGAGAUUUUUAAUGCAAUAGCUGCAUUAUGUAAUUUACUCUAAGAUUUACUUAAAAAUAUUAAAUUAGAAUAUGAGUUUUAGAAUGUCCAUUUGGUUUUUGAGAUAAUAGCUAGUGUAGUUGAUGUUUGUAUUAUAGCAAAGAAUUCUGAAGCUGCCAAUUAGUUAUAAUAGAGUAUAUUAAAUCAAUUAGAUGAAUUACUUAGAGAAAAUAAGGGAGAUGUUACUAAUUUUGUCUUAUAAAUUUAUUCACUCUUUUUAUAAGUUUAAACAAAUGCAUCCUCAUAUUAUCAAAAUUUAUUAUAAAAUUUCCUUGAAAUUUAAAAUUGGAAUGAAUCAAAUUCCUCAUUGUUUCAAGCUUAUAUAAUAUUUUUCUAAUUUGGAUUCUAAGGAACUAAUUUACCUACAACUUAAUUAUAGGCUAUCUUAAAAUCAAUUGUUUCUCAUAGUACACCAUCAUAUACAGAAUUAUCUAAAUUCCUCAUAAAAUCUAAUUAGCAAUGGACAAACAUAGUUUUGGCAAUCAUUUUUGAAUAAUACAAAAUAUAAUAAUAAUCUUAACCUUAAAUAUCCUCAAAAUCAAAAGCAACCCAUUUGAGUUAAAGAUUAAUAAAUAAGGAAGUAUUUCUAUUAUUAGCACAUGUUUUUACAUCUUAUGGAGUUGAAGUGCUUGUAAAUGAAUGUUCUAAGAUCUCUCCUCAAUUACUUGAGAGUUUUUUAAUAAAUGAAUUAGGAAUUAUAAAAUCUAUUUCUUAAAGGAAUGAAAGAAAAUUAAUAUUUACUAUGUUGUCUGCUAUAUUAUUUUCUGGAUCGUAAAUUAUUCAUUUAAUAAUAUUAGAUUUUUAAGUUAACAAUCAUGGAAUCUAGUCUUUUAAGCAAUGGUUGAAAAUAUUACACUUAAAAAAAGAAAUCCUUUAAAAUUUAUGGGAAGAGUAACAGAUAGAGAAGUAACAUCAAGUUCUGGAUUCUAACCUUUGAAACCUGUUAUUGCUAGAAAUGUAAUCAUUUUAUAUAUAAAUAAAAUAGAAUAAUGAUAAAUUAUUAAAUGAUGAAGAUAAAUUAUUUAGUGCAUCAUUCAAAACUUAUUAUAGUAAUCCAAUUGUAUAAUAAUAAUUACCAAUUUAAUAAUUAUUAACAUAAUAGUAAUAAGAGUUGUUAAGUAAUUUAAUACAAUCUGUUUGA